AUGCCACUGGAAUCAUCUUCCUUGUCAAUGUCACCAUUCUGCCCUUCCCUGUUCCCUUCAGUGCCAGACGACACUGCCAGCUCCUCCCCUCCUCCAGUGUCUUAUGUCACCUCCCAGGAGAUGAAGUGUAUUCUCCACUGGUUUGCCGGUUGGUCAGGUCCCCAGUGGGAACGUUUCCUACAAGACCUGGUUGCUAAGGCGGUGCCUGGGAAGCUCCAGCCGCUGCUGGAUGGUCUGGGGCAGCUCAGUGUGUCUGGGACUAGCCGACCACCUUGCAUCUUUGAGUGUCAGCUGAGUCUUUGGGAUCAGUGGUUUCGAGGUUGGGUCGAGCAGGAGCGCAAUGAAUUCGUCAGACAGCUGGAGGUCAGUGAACCAGACUUUGUGGCAAAGUUUUACCAAGCAGUGGCUGCCACUGCUGGGAAAGACUGA